UGUUUUCGCAUUUGUUUCCUAUAUCUGUUUCACUGGAAGUCAUACAACUGAGCUUUAACUUAGUUUUUUUUUUUUUUAUCCUGAUGUCCUUUUAAAACUGUCAAAGCAAAAAAGAAAAAAAAAGUAAAGAAAUAUGUGAAAUUGCCUAGUAACCAUGGUUUUCUCUAGAACCUCCUCAGAACCAAGCCUUUGUUGCCUGAGAGCAAAGCUUGGGGUCAUUGUCUUCUAUGAAGGUUUCGGUUUCCAGAGACUUCCUUAAUAAAUCCACGACCUUCUGGUCCCAGAGGACAUCAAGCAGCCCACAGCAUCACUGUGUCACCACCGUGCAUUUAUGGCCUGCUUUGCUCUUCCUGUAGUUUCGCUCUCACAAACCAAAACAUUUCGAAAUAAAAGCCCCAGGGAACUCUGCUGAAAUGUGCCACAGGUUUAAGUCACAAGAUCCGCAUCAGUCCACUAGAGGAACGAGCUGGAGAAUCAUCUCAAUCGUUCUGUUCAUUAUUGAGCCGCUUCGGCGCACCUGCUCUACAAGGGAGCUCUUAUUUUGAAAGGCUGGUGGAGAUGAGCCGGAAGCUGCUUUGAUGUCGUGUCGCUUUACUUGAGCUGAACGGAUCUGUGGAACUUUGUGUCGGGCGGCACCGAUUUCAGCUCCAGUUUGUUUGGUGGUAGUUAGUUUGGGAAGUGAGCGCGUGACUGUUUUACACUGAGAGCGCGGAACCGGAACCAGGAACCGAGAUCAGCCUGCCCGGCCGGCCAUGAGCAUCCAUCCCCGCAGGAUCCGCCUGAAGCCCUGGCUGCUGGCCCAGGUGAACAGCGGCAGGUAUGCGGGUCUCCAGUGGCUCAGCCCGGACCACCGGCUCUUCCAGAUCCCCUGGAAACACGCCACGCGCCACACGCCCGUGUCAGAGGAGGAGAACACCAUCUUCAAGGCGUGGGCUGUGGAGACGGGGAAGUACCAGGAGGGAGUGGACGAACCGGACCCGGCCAAGUGGAAGGCCAAUCUGCGCUGCGCCCUCAACAAGAGCCGGGAGUUCCAGCUGAAGUACGACGGAACCAAGGAGACGCCGCUCAAGCCCUUUAAAAUCUACGAGGUGUGCGACGUGCCUGGGAACGCAGACGGAGCCGAGGAAGAGGAUGAGGAGAUGCCGAACCUGAUGGACCUCAGCAUCAACCCUCGGAUCAACGAGCCUACGACCUUCCCCCCCUUCGGCCUGUCCUCCAGCGGGUCGUUUGGGUCUCCCCAGGUGAUCCCCUUGCCGCUCCUACCCAUGACCUCUGACCUGCAGCCCCGCGGUACCAUGGUGGAUCCGGGGAGCUUCGGCCCGCCUGCAGGACUUCCUAAUGGACUCCAGGACCUGAACUCGCUGUCCGCUGCAGUUUCUGGUGCGCAGCCCGAAUCCAUGGAAGCAAGCAACAUGGGGUCCAUCCAAACCCAGCCGGACCCGCAGAACCACCAACCCUGCAAGUACGACCUGCUGAGCAGCGUCCCAUAUCUGGACCUGAAGUUCUUGUACCGGGGCCGAGCCAUGGGCUCUCUAACCGUCAGUAACCCUCAGGGCUGCCGGCUCUACUACGGACACCUGGAACCUUCCCCAGAUCAGGUGGACCUGUUUGGACCCGUCACCCUGCAGCAGGUUCUGUUCCCAGGAACUUCUGAAAUCCAGAACCAGAAGCAGCGGUUCUACACAGAUGCUCUGCUGGACGUGAUGGACAGAGGCCUGAUCCUGGAGAUCGAGCAGCAGGACAUUUACGCCAUCCGCCUCUGCCAGUGUAAGGUGUUCUGGUCCGGGCCGGGAAUGCCAGAACAGGGACCGCCAAACCCCAUGGAGAGGGAGAGGAGGAUCAAAGUGUUCAGUCUCAACGAGUUCUUGCAAGGGCUGAUCCUGUUCCAGAGGGGAGAGGCUCAGAACCCGCCACCGUUCGAGGUCAACCUCUGCUUUGGAGAAGACUGGCCAGACAAGAAACCGAAGGAGAAGAAGCUCAUCAUGGUCCAGGUGGUUCCUGUGGUGGCGCGGAUCCUGACGGAGAUGUUCUCUGGAGAACUGAACUGGUCCACCGACAGCAUCCGGCUGCAGAUUUCCAACCCGGACGUGAAGGACCAGACGGUGGAACAGUUUAAAGAACUUCAAAGGCUCCUUCAGAACCAGCUGGGGGUCCAGGGGCCCUGGGCCCCAACCGGGUCCCUGGAAGCCUCCAUGAACAACGGACCCAGUGGAUUCUCAAUGGGGACCAGCUGAACAGCCGGAUCCAGAACCACCUGGGUUGACUUCAGGACCCUUAAUGCCAGGGUCGGGUCCAAGCUGAUCCGAUUCUGCAGAACCUCAAUAUUUCAUGAACCUUGGAUCAGAACCAGGAGUUCAAGGGUCCGAUGAUGCGUGAUCCGACCCGACAGCCCGGAUGUUUCAGUGCUGUAGAACCAGCACCUACCUCGUUCCGAUUUGGAUGGGUUCACAUUUCCUUAAGACUAUUAACCCAAACGUCAAGGUCCAGAACUUUCUAGAAUUCUGGUUUUUCCUGUUGUACUUCAGCUGGGUUUUACUUCUGGUCCGUACCGU